CACCAACGUACUCACGCCCACAGAUGCUCGCCCCCAUCGUGCCAAGUGAAACAGACGGGCUGACGACAGGCAGCAGACCCUCAUCUCGCUGAGUUGUGCCUGCGUCCAUAGAGUAGACCGGCAUUGAUCUGCGUGCUGCCAUGGCGAACCGGGGGCCCAGUUACGGCCUGAGCCGAGAGGUGCAGGAGAAGAUCGAGCAGAAGUACGACCCGGAGCUGGAGGCCCGCCUGGUGGACUGGAUCAUGGCACAGUGUGGCGACAGCCUGGAGCGUCCCGAACCUGGCAAGCAGAACUUCCAGAGCUGGCUCAUGGAUGGGACGAUUCUCUGUCGUCUCAUUAACAGUCUCUACCCCAGUGGCAUGGAGCCCAUAAAAAAGAUUCCAGAAAGCAAGAUGGCCUUCAAGCAGAUGGAGAAGAUCUCUCAGUUCCUGGAGGCAGCAGAAGCCUACGGUGUCGUCAGAGGAGACAUCUUCCAGACUGUUGACCUGUGGGAAGGAAAGGACAUGGCUGCAGUCCAGAGGACCCUCAUGGCUCUUGGAAGUGAAGCAAUCACCAAGGACGACGGACAUUACCAUGGCAACAAAGACUGGUUUCACAGGAAAUCCAAAGGCCACCGGAGGGAGUUUUCUGAGGAGCAGCUUCGCCAGGGCCGCGCUCUGAUUGGAAUGCAAAUGGGCAGUAACCGUGGGGCGUCUCAGGCAGGCAUGACGGGUUACGGCACCCCGCGCCAGAUCAUGCGGUUCGACUCCCCCCGACGCAACGGAGACCGAAGCCCCUCUUAAAAGCAGUACAAUCCAAAAUCACCCCCAAAAUCACCUUUUUUCCCGUCCGUUUUUUCUGUUCUUACCUGCUGAUUUUACACAUUUUUUAUGCUUUAAUUUUCUCACUUUUGAUCAGGGACGUGGGAAGGCGGUGUAAGUUGGGGGUGCUGGCAUUUAUGCAGCAUACACAUGAGGUACACAGUGAUGUCAUACUAAAUGGUCUGCCGAAUAUUUUUUUUGUCUAUUUAACUGAAUAGUUUAGGCUAAUUUGCGUCAAAUAGAAUGUUUCUUUAGAAAAUCAUAACAGAUGGAUAGAUGAUGUUGAUAAUGAUAAGGAGACGGCAAUACAACAACCACUAACUUCAACAGUUAGCAACUGCUUACUCAGUCCUGUGGGACCCCUACUAAGAUAAACUGUCCUCCAGACAAACCGCCUAAUUUUCAACUGAAUUCAAUAGAUAAGCAGUUUACACUUAAUCAAUGGGGACCUUCAGGGUCUUCUAGGUCUUCAGAAAAGGCCUGAUGAUUUCUGGUAACUAAAAAAUGCAUGUCUGUUAUUUUUAGUUCAUAUUUAUUUAAUAUAAUAAUUUCUGCAACUGUUACAACACUACUUGUUGUAUUGUCAUGUUUUGGAUGGAUACAAAAGGGUUAAAUUCUUGAAAUGGCAAGCGGAAAAUUGGCCAAUCAGGAGAGUUUUCUCCAUAGUAUCUAGGUAGAUACAGCUGAGCGAGCUCUCCCAUUGGUUAGGACUUCAGGAGCUGGAGUGAAGGCCUUACGCAUUAGAUUAACUACUAACACAGUGAAAAAGUGAAUCAGAGGAAGCAUCCAGUCAUGCUUUGGAAACAAGUUUGUGAGAAAACUUCAUCACUUUAGGCCUUCUGGAAGUUCUAGACACGUCACUGAUUCUGGGUACAAGCUGUAGUCGAAUCAGUGGGUUGUUAGAAAUGGAAAACAGUGGCAGCAGGACUCUCUACUGAAAGAGUCACUGUGAAACUGCUACAGGUAGAACAUAAGCUAAUAUGUCUCUAAUAUGUCAUAAAACAUAUGGAAUGAGUUUUAGAGGCUUCAAAUGUGUGUUUAAUCCAGAACUGCCAAAUGUGAAUUGCUGUUAGCUUAGUACUAACAACCUACUGGAAUCCUAUAGGGAUGCUAACAUUGUUGAGGUGGGGAUUUCCUCAUAUUUGGGCCGCGUUUUGACAUUUAUGGGUCAAAUUGAAGGCCUAGUUCUAAUAAUCAUGAUUUGGCCAUGCAAGUAAUAUUAACAUGUUUUCCGAUCACUAUUUGCAGUAUGUCCAUUGAACUUGGUCCAUGGCUGCGUUCCAAACUCAAAAACUCCACUUGGCUAAACAAGCUCUGAACUCCACUAGCAUGGCAACACAUACAUUGGGAAUGGCAGCAACAGACUGGUUCACCAACUUAAGUCCUAUUCAAAUGGGAUUAGUUCUCCAUGGGGAGGUGGGUAAUGCCAGUUUACCUCAGAACGUCUGUGUCUAAAUGACAGAGAUGGGACUGGUUACUUGAAUAUACAUGCCGCCUUUAAUUCACUAAGAGUAGAAAAGAGGUUAAAACAUUUAAUUUAGUCAUUAUUUCAUUUACCCUGAAUGCAGUGCAUCGUUAGCAUUGCCAUUAGCUUGUAAAUCCACAGCCAACAGUCAACUUCACCACAUUAAAUCAGUGUUUCUCUGAAAUGUUUACAUUCUGAGCUGUACACAGAAGACAGGACAGUAAUCGGCUUGAUUUUAGCCACAGAGAACA